CCGGCGGCGGGAUGGAGCCCGGCGCUCGCCUGUGCCUCGCCCUCUGCCUCGCCGGCGUCCUCCCGGCCCCGGGCUGCCGGGGCGCGCCGGGAAGGUUCGCCUACAAACUGCUCCACGAGCUCUUCGCCAACUACUCCAGCGCCCUGCGCCCCGUGGAGGACACGGACCGCGCGCUGAACGUCACCCUCAAGGUCACCUUGGCCCAGAUCAUCGACAUGGACGAGAGGAACCAGGUGCUCACCUCCUACCUGUGGGUCCGCCAGACGUGGCUGGACGCCCACCUCACCUGGGACAAGGACGAGUACGGCGGCAUCGACAGCAUCCGCAUCCCCAGCAGCUACGUGUGGCGGCCGGACAUCAUCCUCUACAACAAGUGCGUGGUGCUCGCACCCGGCUGGGGCUGGGGGCACUGCUGGGGCCGCACGGGGGGCUGCACGGGGGGCUGCCAGCCUCGGCGGGGAGCAGGAGGGUCCUGGAGGGGGAGAUGCAGGGAGAGGGGGGCGGGGGUGCUGGCAGCAGCCGGGUGUGGGACUGACCCCACCACGGAGGGGACAGCCAGGGGCUGCAAGGGGAUGUGGCCCCACGGGCACCCCUCCCUGCCCAGCGCCGACGAGCGCUUCGGCGGCUCCAUGGAGACCAACGUGGUGCUGCGCUCCGACGGGCACGUCACCUGGGACUCGCCCGCCAUCACCAAGAGCUCCUGCAAGGUGGACGUGUCCUACUUCCCCUUCGACGGGCAGCAGUGCCGCCUCACCUUCGGCUCCUGGACCCACAACGGCAACCAGAUCGACCUCCGCAACCAGCUGGACAGCGGGGACCUGACGGACUUCGUGGAGAACGUGGAGUGGGAGGUGCUGGGCAUGCCGGCCACCAGGAACGUCAUCACCUACGGCUGCUGCUCCGAGCCCUACCCCGACGUCACCUUCACCCUGCUGCUGCGCCGCCGCGCCUCCUUCUACAUCUUCAACCUGCUCCUGCCCUGCAUCAUGGUCUCCUUCCUGGCGCCCCUGGGCUUCUACCUGCCGGCCGACUCGGGCGAGAAGGUGUCGCUGGGGGUCACGGUGCUGCUGGCCCUCACCGUGUUCCAGCUGCUGGUGGCCGAGAGCAUGCCCCCCUCGGAGAGCGUCCCGCUCAUCGGGAAGUACUACAUCGCCACCAUGACCAUGAUCACGGCCUCCACCGCGCUCACCAUCUUCAUCAUGAACGUGCACCACUGCGGGCCGGGCGCCCGGCCCGUGCCGCCCUGGGCGCGCCGGCUCAUCCUGCACCACAUGGCGCGGCUCUGCUGCGUCUACGAGGUGGGCGAGAGCUGCAAGGGCCCCCGGCGGGCAGCGGGCGGGCGGGAGGCCGCGGGGGAAAGCCCCGCGGAGGGGCAGGUGGGCGCGGAGGUGAGGGGCUGCCCCUGGCACCACUGCCUGUGCCACCACGAGGCCCUGCUGAGGAACGUGGGCUACAUCGCCGGCUGCUUCCGACGCCACCGCGCCAACCAGCGCCGCGCCGGCGAGUGGAAGAGGGUGGCCAAGGUGAUGGACCGCUUCUUCAUGUGGGUCUUCUUCCUCAUGGUCUUCCUCAUGAGCGUGCUGGUGCUGGGCAACGCUGCCUGACGGCUCUGCGGGCCCGGCGCUGCCGCCCCCAGGCACAGCAGGGGCUGUGGGCACCUCAUGGGGGUGACACAAACGUCCCUGGUCCCCCAGCGCUGCAGGGCGGGAGCUGCACUGUCACUGAGGAGAGGUGCCCAGGAGUGGGACCCCCACCUGCAGGGCUGGGGGGUCCCAGCCCCUGUCCCCCUGUACCAGAGCGGGCACCCCCAUCCCCCCGUGGCAUCCUGCACCUGAGAAAUGCACAAAAAUGGAAAUAAA